AUGCCGCUGAAGGUGACGGAGUUCAACAUUAUAGACCAGGCGGUGUGCAACGUGGCGGAGCAGCUUUCUAGGUCGAGCAACUGGCACCGGCGAUUCGAGCACCUUCAGGAGUACAUCUGCGAAACCAACCUGGAGCUGCAGGGGAUCCACGACGUGCGAUGGCUCUCUAGAGGAGAGGCAGUCAAGCGGUUUGCCAAGGUUCUGCCGGCGACAAUCGUCCUGCUGCACGAUUUCAAGCACGCGCUAUACGAAACGGUCACCUCUUUCAAAUUCCACUUCAUGCUUUUCUUCCUUGCAGACAUUCUUGCCGUGCUCAACGAGCUCAACGCCAAGUUCCAGAAGCAGCAGGUGACAUGUGGAGUGUUUUGCAACUAUUCAUCCCACGCCCACUCAAAGGUUGACAUUACUGUGGUCGCGGGGGAGGUGUCACUCGCUUGCCGGACGAUCGAGGUGCGUUACGUGGACUGCGAGGAUCGUUUCGGCAACGAUCAGUCGCCCCUGCUCUGCGCGUUCCUGAAGAAACACGGCAACCCCCAGCACCGCGAAGUCACCGUCCAAGGCGUGGACCAGAACGGCAAAGCUGCAGAGCACGAGUUCGUGCUUCACGAGCGCAAGAUCCCAGGCCAUAAGACUGGCAGGGACUACUACUCCUGCAAGGCGGUGUGCCAGGAGUUUGCGAGGGUCUGCGUUGCGCGACUGGAGUUCCGCCUGGAAGACCUCAAGAACCUGGCCGGCUCCAAGCUUUUCCGGCCAUCGUGCUAUCCCGACGACAACGCGCAGCGGAUGAAGAAGUGCCGCGAGUGGUUGGGCAUGCUAGACCACAUGUUUCACCACCGCCUCUUUGUAACACGAAUUUUGCUCUCUUCCUCCUACAAUCUGAACGCCAUGGCGUCGUUCACCCUCUCGUCGCCUGUCCUGCCCAACUCCAUUCUGUCCCCGGCUCCUCACACUGCAGCAGUUCAGCAGAUUUCCAUUCCAGCCGUUUCUGGCCUGAGGGUGGGAGCGCGUCAGCCGGAGAGCAAGCGCAGCGUUUCGCACACAUCCACCCCAGCGUCGACACUGCUAUGCCGCGCGUCCGGCGAGAAUGCCGGCGACGCUGCAAUUAGCCGUCGCGGCGUGAUGCUCGCCGGCGGGUUGGCCGGUGCGCUGAGCGUGGUGCCGCCGGUGGUGGGGCGGGCAGUGGCGGCUGAGGACCUGUCGGAGUGGGAGCAGGUGCCGCUGCCCGUCGCGCCUGGCGUCGUGCUGCUCGACAUCGCCUUCGUUCCCGACGAGCCCGACCACGGGUUCCUGCUGGGCACGCGGCAGACGCUGCUGGAGACGCGCGACGGCGGGCGCACGUGGGCGGCGAAGGAGAUCCCGUCGGCGGAGGAGGAGGACUUCAACUACCGGUUCAACGCCAUCAGCUUCCAGGGCAAGGAGGGGUGGAUCGUCGGCAAGCCCGCCAUCCUGCUCUACACCAACGACGCCGGCGCCACGUGGUCGCGUGUCCCGCUCUCCGCGCGCUUGCCCGGCACCCCUGUGUCGAUCUUCGCGACGGGCGAGCGCGCGGCGGAGAUGGUGACGGAUGAGGGCGCCAUCUACGUGACGGCCAACGGCGGCUACAACUGGCGCGCCGCCGUCGAGGAAACCAUCUCCGCCACGCUCAACCGCACUGUAUCGAGCGGCAUCACGGGCGCGAGCUACUACACGGGCAGCGUGAGCACCAUCAAUCGCUCGCCCGACGGCAGCUACGUGGCCGUGUCCAGCCGCGGCAACUUCUUCCUAACCUGGGAACCCGGGCAGACCUUCUGGCAGCCGCACAACCGCAGCAGCGCGCGGCGCAUCCAGAACAUGGGGUGGCGCGCUGACGGCGGGCUCUGGCUGCUCGUGCGCGGCGGAGGUCUCUUCCUCGGCCAAGGGGAGGGGGUCUCCGAGUCGUUUGAGGAGGUGCGCAUCGCCAGCCGUGGCUUUGGACUGCUCGAUCUCGGAUACAAGAGCAAUGACGAAGCGUGGGCAGCGGGCGGCAGUGGGGUGCUGCUGAAGACAGUGGACGGGGGCAAGACAUGGGUGCGGGACCGAGUGGCGGACAACCUGGCAGCCAACCUGUACAAUGUCAAGUUCAUUUAUGGAAAGGGCUUUAUUCUUGGGAAUGAUGGCGUGUUGCUUCGUUAUGCUGCUUGA